CCCCCCGCAUCCCCGGCCGCGCCGGCCCCCCCGCGCUCCCCAUGGUGACCAGCCACGAUGAGAGCUCCGGCCCCUGCCUGAUCCCUUUCCUGCUGAUAAAAAUGAUCAACAAGUCUCGAGGGAAGAUACUCGGGGUGCUGGCGCUGUUUCUGGUGAUGGUUUGGUACUCGAUCUACCGGGAAGACAGGUACACACAGCUCUUUUAUUUCCCUGUGCAAGAAAACAACAAGACAACGUGUCCCCUUGGGGAGGUGGAAAAGAAAGCGGCGCAGCUCAUCGGGAACUACACGAGGGACCACCCGCUGUUCUUGCAGCUGAAGGACUAUUUUUGGGUGAAGACGCCGUCGCUCUACGAGCUGCCCUACGGCACCAAGGGAAGUGAAGACGUCCUGCUGCGCCUGCUGUCCAUCACCCACUACUCCCUGCCUGAGAGCAUCCAGAGCCUCAAGUGCCGGAGGUGUGCCGUGGUGGGCAACGGCCACCGGCUCCGCAACAGCUCCAUGGGGGACACCAUCAACACCUACGACGUGGUGAUCAGGCUGAACAACGCCCCGGUGCAUGGCUAUGAGCAGGACGUGGGCUCCAAGACCACCAUGCGCCUCUUCUACCCCGAGUCAGCCCACUUCGACCCCCGGGCCGAGAACAACCCCGACACGCUGCUGGUGCUCGUGCCCUUCAAGCCCAUGGACUUCCAGUGGAUGGAGGCCAUCCUUAACGACAAGAAGAGGGUUCGGAAAGGGUUUUGGAAACAGCCCCCAUUGAUCUGGGACGCCAACCCGGAGCAAGUGCGCGUCCUCAAUCCCUACUACAUGGAAGUGACUGCUGCUAAACUGCUCAACCUCCCCAUGAAGCAACCACGGAAGAUCAAACAGAAGCCCACCACAGGGCUGCUGGCCAUCACCCUGGCACUGCACUUCUGUGACCUGGUGCACAUCGCGGGCUUUGGCUACCCCGAUUCGGCCAACAAGAAGCAAACCAUCCACUACUACGAACAGAUCACGCUCAAGUCCAUGGCUGCGUCGGAGCACAACGUGUCCCACGAGGCCGUGGCCAUCAAGCGGAUGCUGGAGCUGGGACUCGUCAGGAACCUCACCUACUUCUGAGGGCGGCGGGGCCGUGCAGGGACACCGUCCCCAGGGCGAGGAGACACCGUCCCCAGGACGAGGAGACACCGUCCCCUUCAGCGAGGGGACGCCGUCCUGUGCAGCGAGGGGACGCUGUGCCGGCAUGGCUGGAGUGACGAGGGCAGAGCAUCGUUGUCACCGCCGCCACCACGGCCCGGGACUCCUGGAGCAGGGCCGGGCUGGGGGCCGCGCUGGACCGCGGGUGCCGGGGUGGGGCAGCUCUGGGGGUGCAGGGGGCC